ACACCUGUACCAAGAGCGUAGUAGGCCUAGUCGCAAUCAGUCGUUUUUUUAUCUUGACUGGUAGACCUCGAAUACGGGCAAUUUUGGUGGAUUUCAUACAUACUUAGCAGAUGCGGAUCCCCAGAACGCGUGAGACUCGAACAAGUUUGAUUUUAUGAGGUCCUCGUCUUAGAAGUGUUUGAUCUAAGAACUGGAAUGACAAGGAUGACACUUGCCCGGGUAGAACUCAUGUUCAGCGCCGUGGUGUUGCUUCAGGUAUUUACGGGGAGCACAGAGGCCCAAUUACCUGGUGAACAAUGUCUGACGACGUUCAAGCAAGGGAAGAAUGAUUUUGUCCUGGACGCCGAGGAAUCUCUAAAAGAUGGCGCGACAUUCAUCUCCUCUCCGCCUGUGACGGGCGUCAAUGACUGCAUAGUGUCCUGCUGCAAACACCGAUACUGCAACCUGGCUUUGGUGGAGAACGACGUCAGUACAGAAGGAUCAAUCAAGGCAUGCUAUCUGUUCAAUUGUUUGUACAAACAGAAGAAGGUUUGUCGAUUUUGGAGGAAGGAAGGAUUCAAUAAUUAUGUUUUAACUUCAGUCUUCGGAAAUUACCUGGAUGAUCCAAAUCCAGAAGAUGAAGAUGAUCGCCCCCCGAUUGCCAAUGGUGGCCAGGACCGAGUCAUCCAGCCUCAAGAAACAGUGACCCUCAAUGGCCUUCAGAGCAAAGACGACAAAAAAAUAGUCAAUUACCAGUGGCGUAUGUUAUCAGGAAAUCAUGCUGUUAUAGAGAAAACAACCUACGACGAUGAAGUGAUGGUGUCCAACCUCUCCUCUGGUGUGUACAAGUUCCAGCUGACGGUCACAGAUGAUAUCGGCCAAUCCGACUCUGCUCAAGUGACCGUCCUGGUGCUUACCCUUGAACAGUCCAACCAUCACUGCCUAGUGCCCAAGAAGGUGGGCCCCUGCCGAGGCUCCUUCCCCCGCUGGCACUACAACGCUGUCACAGAGAAGUGUGAGGAGUUCCUCUUUGGAGGAUGCAAGGAGAACAGCAACAACUACCUGUCCGUCACUGAGUGUGAGAAGGCAUGUGAGGGAGUAUCAGUUAUGCCAGGUGCGACAGGUAGAAGAGUGCCUGUUCCAGUUUCUCCAGUGGAGAUGUGUGGGACACCCUGUGAUACUGAUCAGUUCACAUGCGCUAAUGGCUGCUGCCUGCACCCGGGGCUGGAGUGUGAUGGAGAGAAACAGUGCAGCGAUGGCUCCGAUGAGAACUCUUGCACAGAGUUGAAGGAUCACCUCUCGAGGCUUCUCAAAAUCAAAGUGAAUGAGGGGAAAGCGCGCUGCACUGAGCCCCCGGUCACUGGGCCCUGCAGGGCCAGCUUCACCAAAUGGUUCUACGACCCUUAUAGCCAGUCCUGCUCCCGCUUUAACUUUGGGGGCUGCGGUGGAAACGAGAACCAGUUUGAAAAGGAGGACAUCUGCAUUAAUACCUGUCAAGGAGUAACUGACAGGGAUGUGUUUGCCCGAAGGGGGAAAUUCGAAGCCCAGGACAGUGACAGCGAUAAAGGCCCGCUGAUUAUCGCUGUCCUGCUGGGUGUGGCCAUCCUGGUCCUGCUGGUGGUGUUGGGCUACUGCUUCCUGAAGGGCAAGAAGAAGGACCGUCAGCCACACCACCAGCGCGUGGGUGUCAACGGCACACAUGGCACCACGCUGGAGGACACCGAGAAGCUCGUCUACAACAGCACCACCAAGCCCAUCUGAUGGGGCGGCCUCCACGGGAGGCAAUAUGGAGUUGGUCAACACCAGCACCACUAAGGCCUACCUGAUGCCACCACUGCCUUUCAAUUUCCCUCUCUUCCGUGUGUGGACAUUGGGAUGGCUAAAGGUAGCUUUCUGUACACAAACUCUAGCUAUAUAUGUAAGUGUUUUUCAGCACAGCUUUGUCCACAGUGUGUCCCAGUGCUUUGGAUGGGUGGUGAAGCUACGGUGGAUGGAACCGAAACUGUGAGGCUGUUUCUUUUCUUUUUUUUAGAAGAGCAGCACUGUGGUGUGAUUUUGUUUUGUGCUAUGUGAAUAUUUUUAGAGUUAACAUGAACUUUAAUCUCCAAAUACAAGCAUAAUUAUUCAUGAGCAAUCUUAAGAAGGUUCAUGAUUCCUUAUUUUUACAAGAGAUAUUUUUUAAUUGUCAUGUCUGUAUGCUUAAUUUUCCUGUCGGGGUUGUUGUACAGCAACUCUGCUCUCAGGGUACCAGUGGUCUGUGGUUAAAUGAUAUCUAUGGUUAUGGUGUUGCUUUUAAAGCCCCUUUACACCUAUACAAAUAUUCGCCACCGUUUCGACAACUGUCUAGUUCUUGCAUAACAAAUGUAUCUCUUUUUGACAGAAGAGAUUUUUUGUACAUAAAUACAAAUGUCUUGUAGGACUGUUAUGCUAUAGUGUUAAGUUUUAUGAUUUGCUCAAUGUAAGAACAACAUACAGCUCUGGCACAUAUAGGCUAUUGUCUCUCUGUCGUAUGUGUAUAGAAGGAAUAUGUUACUUCCCUUCACUUCUCCAACCUGAGCCUCUUUCUGCAUUUGUACAUAGUUUUAUAAUAUCUUAGAAGUGAGACGAAAUAUUACACCACCUUACUCCAAGAAUGGAAAUAAAAUCUGAUAACAAAAAAUGACUGUGUGGAGUGUGUAUAGAUGAGGUGAACCAUCUUGGUGGUGAUUUUAGAUAAUGCAUUUCUGCUAUAUAUUUAUGGUUGAUUUGUAAUGUGUUUUAUUGCACACACACAAAACAAAAUAGUCUGUGAGUCAUUUUGGGCGAUCAGUGCAAACUGAGGGCACCAAACUUUAUUGCUAUUUUCUGAUGUGCCAAUGGCACAAAACUGCAUGAUUACAUCUGACUCACUGCUGAAACUGGAUU